AUGAACAACGCCAAACAGGUCAUCGACAACCACAACAAGCGCAUCUUACACUCGUCUCACUCAUCUUACACGAAAGACAACAAAGACGGCACGGGAACCAGCAAAACAUGCAACUGCCGACAAAAGAACAAUUGCCCGCUCAAUGGUAACUGCCUUCAAUCUUCAGUCGUUUAUCAAGCCACCGUCAUAAGCAGUAAUAACGGAACGACAACAACACCUCUGAAACAUACAUUGGACUCACAGAAACCGACUUCAAAACAAGACACAGAAAUCACACCGCAUCAUUCCGCCACGCCAAGCACAAAAACUCUACCGAACUUAGCAAACACAUCUGGACACUCAAGAACAACAACAUUGACUAUUCUAUUUCAUGGCGCGUCUUAUCAUCUAACUCUCCCUACAACAGCUCCAGUAAAAGAUGCAACCUCUGCCUAA